AUAUACCUAUAUAAUAUCAAUCACAUUUCCCAUAGGCUGCCCCCCUUCACUCCUCUGCCAUUCAUGUUGAACCCAGCUGUCUUGUUUGAGCUUUCUUGACACCCCUACCAUUUAUUGCAUUCAAUCUAUCAAAAUCCAAACAAAAAAUGCCUCAUUCUCAUACUUCCAACACCUACAUUUUGUUAUUUUGCCUCUUAACAUCCCUGUUUUCUGCCAUUAGAGCCACUUUUAACCUCACACUCCCUCACCAACACCCUAAUCCUGAAGCUGUGGUUCAAGAAGUGCAAAGGAGACUAAAUGUAUCAAUAUACAGAAGACAAACCCUAGACAACACCGGCAGCAGCUGCCUCACCGGAAACCCAAUCGACGACUGCUGGCGGUGCGACCCAAACUGGGCGAACACCCGCCAACGUCUCGCCGACUGCGCAAUCGGGUUCGGAAAAUCCGCAGCAGGCGGCAAAGGCGGUCAAAUCUACGUAGUGACCGACUCAUCAGACCACGACGUAGUUAACCCAGUUCCAGGAACACUCCGUUACGGAGUGUUACAACCGGAACCCCUUUGGAUAAUAUUCUCAUCCAACAUGGUAAUAAAACUAAAACAUGAACUAAUUGUCAACAGUUACAAAACUAUUGAUGGCCGUGGUGCCAACGUGGCGAUAACGGGUAACGGGUGUAUAACAUUACAAUAUGUUAGUAACGUUAUUAUUCAUAACAUACGUGUGUACGAUUGUAAGCCGUCGGGGAAUACUAACAUACGGUCGAGUCCAACGCAUGUUGGGUAUAGAGGCAGAUCGGACGGUGAUGGGAUAUCCAUUGCUGGAUCAAGAAAUAUAUGGAUAGAUCAUUGUUCGCUUUCGCAUUGUACUGAUGGGUUGAUAGAUGCUGUACUCGGGUCCACUGCUAUUACUAUUUCUAAUAGUUAUUUUACUCGUCACAAUGAAGUUAUGCUUAUGGGUCAUGACGAUGGGUACAUGCCGGAUAAAGGGAUGCAGGUUACGAUUGCGUUUAAUCAUUUUGGGAGAGGGUUGAUACAAAGAAUGCCGAGGUGUAGACUUGGGUAUUUUCAUGUGGUGAAUAAUGAUUUUACGGAGUGGAAGAUGUAUGCGAUUGGCGGGAGUGCUGACCCGACGAUUAAUAGCCAGGGGAACCGGUAUAUUGCACCGCCGAAUUCCGACUCUAAAGAGGUGACUAAGCGAGUGGACACGGAUGAGGGGCAUUGGGCGGGGUGGAAUUGGAGAACGGAUGGUGACAUAAUGGUAAACGGUGCGUUCUUUGUGCCAUCGGGCGAUGGCUUGAGCGAUAUCUACGCAAAGGCGUCGAGCUAUGAGCCCAAGUCGGCUAACCUUGUGACACAACUGACCAUGUAUGCCGGAGUCUUUGGUGGCCCAAGGGAUGAUGAUGGGAGCGAGUCAUUCACCGAUGGGACGAUCACCGGAGAUAGCGCAAGCGGGAACACUGGAAGAGGUGGUGGCGGCAGUGAUGGUGAUUAUUUUGGGAUGAUGUUUGGUGGUGGCACGGUUGCAAUACCGCUACCACCUAUUACAAUGUUUUCUAUUACUUUAUUGAUAUACAUAACUACUAGCACCAACAAUGGUGCUUUGUUUUCAUUAUUAUUAUUAUUAUUACUAUAGUGAUUAAUUUGGGGAUUUUGAUUGUUUAAAAGGCAAGAAAAGGAAGAUGGAUAAGGCAUUAUUUAAUUGGUCCCAUUUUUUUAUGGCCCAUUGAUGUGGAUAAUAACUCUUUGUUAAACUUUUAAAAAAGAAGAUACAAUAAUAUUCUUAUACUGUU